AUGAACCCAGCCAACGAUUCUCGGGUGACGGCGUUCGUCCUCCUGGGGCUGGCUCGGGGGCGGGAGCUCCGGCUCCUCCUCUUCCUGGUCUUCUCAGCCGUGUACCUCGUGACGGUGGCUGGCAACCUCCUGAUCGUGGCGGUGGUGGCCGCCCAGCCCCGCCUGCACACCACCAUGUACUUCCUCCUGGGCAACCUUUCCUUCCUGGACUUCUGCUACUCCACCGUCACCGCUCCGAGGAUGCUGGUGGACCUGCUCGCGCACAACCCCACCAUCUCUCUGGGCGCCUGCCUGACUCAGCUCUUCUUCUUCCACUUCAUCGGCGGCAUCAAGAUCUUCCUGCUCACGGUCAUGGCGUAUGACCGCUACGUGGCCAUUUCCCAGCCUCUGCGCUACGCCCUCCUCAUGAACCGGACCGCCUGCGGGCUCCUGGUGGCGGCCUCCUGGCUGGGCGGCUUCGUCCAUUCCAUCGUCCAGGUGGGGCUCACUGUCCGCCUGCCCUUCUGCGGUCCCGACCGGCUGGACAACUUUUACUGCGACGUGCCCCAGCUCAUCAAGCUCGCCUGCAGCGACACUUUCGUCUUAGAGCUCCUGAUGGUGUCCAACAACGGGCUGGUCACGCUGCUGUGCUUCCUGCUGCUGCUGGGGUCCUACACGGCGCUGCUGCUCAUGCUGCGCGGCCGGGCGCGGGCGGCCCGCCGCAAGGCCCUGGCCACCUGCGCCUCGCACGUCGCCGUGGUGACGCUCAUCUUCGUGCCCUGCAUCUACAUCUACGCCAGGCCUUUCCGGACGUUCCCCAUGGACAAGGCGGUCUCCGUGCUCUACACAGUGGUCACGCCCAUGCUGAAUCCCGCCAUUUACACCCUGAGGAAUAAGGACAUGAUCCUGGCCAUGAAGAAGCUGUGGGGGAGGCAGGAGGGGCGCCCCGGCCACUCAGAACACUGA